AUGCGUUCUCGUGUCUUCAGCCAUUGCUUUCGGGCCACGAACUGCCGACUGCAUGCAAGGCGCUUUGGAAGUCGCGCUGCGAUCUCUCGAAAGUUGACGCUCGCGGUGUCGCCCCAGACCUCAAAAAGCAGAGUGAUAGAGGCACUUACGACGCACAGAGCGAGCGCAUCAGAUAAGCUCCGUGCAGGGACAGUAGAGAGCACUGGACAUGGCGCCGCCAUCUUGGCGUCUCGCGAUUUCACGACGUGGCUCGAGGACGAGAGCUUCAUGUCAAAUCUGCUAGAAGCACUCUUCAAAUCAGCAAAUGGUGGUCAAGCCAAUCUGCCAGGCUUAGAUGUCCUAUCCGGGGUGACGGACGGACUCAGCCCGCAUCGUCUACUCGGUGAACCUCAAACAGGCUUCUCAAUUCUGUACGGCUCAUCAACAAACAUACUCCCCGGUCUCUGGGAACGCGAGGGUUUCGAGAGCGUCAGUGAAGACAAGGCUUCGUCUGUUUCGUUUAUCACGAACCCGUUGGCUGGAGAUAGCAGACCGCUCGAGAUCACCUUGCCGCUUGCAAACACGAUAUUUCAGAAUGGAAGACGGUCCACUCUGUACGCCAGUAAAUGGCAGAGCAACGACAUGGGGCGCAUGACACUCGGAACGAUGAAUCAGAAGUCCACCCAAAAGAUAGCCAUGAAUCUUGGUUCAGUGAACCAUACAUCCUCAAUAGUCCCGCUGCUACCCUUGACGCCACCUCGCAAGAUUGUUGCCGGCUUGGGCAAUAUCGUUCGGCAGGUGGAGGUCGAUGGCUCUACGACUCCAGCAUCGCAAGAGUUGGAAACACUCAUUCCACAAGUCUUCGAUGCGAGGUCUGAACGCUACGGGGCUUCUUCUUCUGGGCCGAUUGGGGUAUGGUGUUGGGUCAUACCGCCCCAUGUUGUGGAAGCGAAGAAGCUGUUGGAGCUCAAAGUCUUUCAAGCUGGCUCGUCGCAAACUGAAGCAGAUCUGGCUCUCGAGGCGACAGAAGCACUUUCGAGCCUCCUGUCUUCGGGAUGUCGACUUCAUAAAAUUCUGAGUGGUGGUGGUGGCUGGGGUCUAAAGCAAGGAUUGCUUUCGCUUGACCCCGAGACGAGCUAUGCUCAACCAGAACAGGACGACAUCGAGAUGUUCAUUCGAUCAUUCCAAGAACGCGAUAGCAGCGACCAGUCCGAAGGUCUGGUCACGCCAGGGUCAUACCUCAUGUUCUGCAUCGAACCAUAUUGGACAGAGGAAGCGGUUAAGUCCAGCAACCUGCUGAAGUCCAAGCGAUCGUUGACACUUGGAGUCGCUCCAAACCACGACCAAGACUCAUCUCCACAGUUGAGUUCGGAAGGAGUCGAGGUAGUCGAAGGCCACUUUGGGGCAACAUCGUCAACGGGGCUCUUCUUGAGGACUGUCCCAGACGUUCCCAGCAUUGGUGCGAAUGACGAGACGGCCGGGGCAUACUCUGCGUAUACUACCAAAGUCGACGUCCCACGAUCCUACUUCUCUGUCUGA